AUGCUGGUAGCGCCUCGAUCCCUUCUGCCGAACCUCUCCAGACACUUUUCGGCGGCUCUCGUUCGUCCCUCGGCUUCGACAGCGCCUCGCUGCCUGCCAUCCCCUUCGCUCGCACUUCCAUUCUCCGCAACAUCCACAGCUCGCAAAAUGUCUGACCGCACCGAGGUCAAGCGCGAUGCGCACCCCUUCUCGCGCGGCCAGCUCGAGGGCCUCAUGACCAAGCGCUUCUUCUACAUCCAGGCCUUCGAGAUCUACGGCGGCGUGGGUGGUCUCUACGACUACGGCCCCACCGGUGCCGCGCUCCAGGCCAACAUCAUCAACCAGUGGCGCAACCACUUUAUCAUCGAGGAGGAGAUGCUCGAGCUCGACACCACCAUCAUGACGCUCGCCGACGUGCUCAAGACCUCGGGCCACGUCGACAAGUUUGCCGACUGGAUGUGCAAGGACACCAAGAACGGCGAGAUCUUCCGUGCAGACCACCUCGUCGAGGGCGUGCUCGAGGCGCGUCUCGAGGGCGACAAGCAGGCGCGCGCCAAAGAGGCCGGCGAGACCAUCGCCGUCCCCGCUGAGCCUGCCGCCGGCGACGACAAGAAGACCAAGAAGAAGAAGGUCAAGUCGAGCGCCGUCAAGCUCGACGAUGCGCUGGUCGCCGAAUACACCUCGACGCUCGCGCAGAUCGACAACUUCGACGGCAAGCAGCUCGGCGAGCUCAUCCGCAAGUACGACAUCCGCUCGCCCGAGUCCGGCAACGAGGUCUCGGAGCCCAUCGAGUUCAACCUCAUGUUCGAGUCCUCCAUCGGCCCCACCGGCCAGGUCAAGGGCUACCUGCGUCCCGAGACGGCGCAGGGCCACUUUGUCAACUUCCAGCGUCUGCUCGAGUUCAACAACGGUCGCGUCCCCUUUGCCAGUGCGCAGAUCGGCAAGUCGUUCCGCAACGAGAUCAGCCCGCGCGCCGGUCUGCUGCGCGUGCGCGAGUUCACCAUGGCCGAGAUCGAGCACUUUGUCGACCCCGAGGACAAGAACCACGAGCGCUUCGACGAGGUCAAGGACAUCCAGGUGCCGCUGCUCGCCAAGGACGUGCAGGAGUCCGGCAAGACCGACAUCACCACCAAGACCAUCGGCGACGCCGUCGCACAGGGCGUCAUCGACAACCAGACGCUCGGCUACUUUAUCGGCCGCAUCUACCUCUUCCUCGUCAAGAUCGGCAUCGACCCCAGGCGUCUGCGCUUCCGCCAGCACAUGAGCAACGAGAUGGCGCACUACGCCAGCGACUGCUGGGACGCCGAGAUCCACACCUCCUACGGCUGGAUCGAGUGCGUCGGUUGUGCGGACCGCAGCGCCUACGACCUCACCGUGCACAGCAAGAGGACCAAGAAGGAUCUUGUGGUGCAAAAGGCGCACAAGGAGCCCAAGGUGUACGACAAGCUCGUGGCGACGAUCGUCAAGAAGAACAUUGGUCCCAAGUUUAAGAAGGAUGCCAAGAUUGUCGAGGAGGCGAUUCUCGAGAUGGACCAGAAGAAGCUCGGCGAGCUCGAGUCGCAGCUCAAGAACGGAUCGGCACCGCUGACGGUCUGCACGGGUCAGACGUUUGAGCUCACCACCGAUGUGGUGACGGUGGAGAUGAAGACGAUCCGCGAGACGGUGCGCGAGUUUACGCCCAACGUGAUCGAGCCCUCGUUUGGUAUCGGCCGUAUCUUCUACUCGCUGUUGGAGCACAGUUUCUGGACGCGUGCCGAGGAUCAGGACCGUGGUGUUUUAAGUCUGCCUCCUCUGGUGGCACCCAUCAAGGCGCUCAUUGUGCCCAUCAGCUCCAACGAGAAGCUGGCGCCGCUGGUCAAGCAGGUGAGCCGCAAGCUUCGUUCCGCCGGUGUGGCGUCGCGUGUGGACGACUCCAACGCGAGUAUCGGCAGGAGGUAUGCGCGAAACGACGAGCUCGGAACGCCGUUUGCCUGCACGCUCGACUUUGCCAGUCUCAGCAAGGGCACCAUGACGCUGCGUGAGCGCGACUCGACCGCACAGCGCAUCGGCCCCAUCGACCAGGUCAUCGACGUCAUCCGCCAGCUCUGCGACGCAAGCCUCGACUGGGAAGGCGCCUGCAAGAUCCUCCCCGAGUACUCGGGCCAGCAGGACGUCGAGGCCUAG